AUCUGUCGCGCUCGAUUCUCUCUCUGUCUCUCCAUCGAUGGCUUCUUCUUCUUCGUCUCUCCUUCGCCUGACGGUUCUCGUCGCGGUGAUCGCGGCGGCGAUGAUCGCCGGAGAGGCUGACGACGGCGGCGGCAACCGGAGGGAGUUCGAUUACUUCAAGCUGACGGUGCAAUGGCCCGGCACCUACUGCCGGCGGACUCGCCAUUGCUGCUCCUCCAACGCCUGCUGCCGCGGCUCAAAUGCUCCAGCUGAAUUCACCAUACAUGGACUAUGGCCCGAUUACAAUGAUGGAACUUGGCCUGCCUGUUGCAGUCGAUCUGGUUUCAACGAAAAAGAGAUCUCUACAUUGGUUGAUGCACUUGAAAAAUACUGGCCAUCUUUAAGUUGUGGUUCAUCUUCAACUUGUCAUGGUGGAAAAGGAUCAUUCUGGGCUCAUGAGUGGGAGAAGCACGGAACUUGCUCCUUUCCUGUAGUGCGAGAUGAAUACAACUACUUUUUAACAGCUCUGAAUGUCUACUUCAAAUAUAAUGUCACUAAAGUACUAAAUGAUGCUGGAUAUCUGCCUUCUACCACUGAAAAAUAUCCUCUUGGGGGCAUCGUUUCUGCAAUUCAGAAUGCUUUCCAUGUGACCCCAGAAAUAGCUUGCUCCAAUGGAGCUUUGCAGGAGGUCCGCUUAUGCUUCUAUAAGGACUUUCAGCCUCGAGAGUGUGCGGUCGGAUCUAUCCUCCUACAAGAUAUGAGUUUAUCACAAAGCUCAUGUCCCAAGUACGUCAGCUUGCCAGCAUAUGUGUCACCUGGGCAAGCAAAGACUGAAUGGAUAAUGCCGUCGGUUCCCCAAAUCGAAGCUCUAUAGGCUCUUGGACUGGCAGAGGCUGCCCAUCAAUCAGUUGGCAUUCAGUCACGAUUGGGAUGGUGUAUGUCGUGAUGUACAUGUAUAGAAUGAUGAUUCGUGUUGUAUUCAUAAUUAUGAAGAGCGAACUACCGCAAUGUGUGCGUAGUUGCUCGGAACUUCCCACUUCGAGGGUGGGGACAUUGCAGAUAUGCUCCCUAAGAAAACUAACUGCUUGCUGAAA